GCUUUGUAAGUGGGAAAACCUGCAAAAUCGCCAGUGUAUCAAAUGCUUGUUCUCCCCACUGUAUAUUCUUACAGCUAGGAUUUGCAAAACCUAUUUUCAUCUAAUUAGCAGGGAGGAAAGGGCUCACACAUUCAGAGGGGGAUCUAGAUUUUUUCAAGCUUAUAGGGGAUUUUGCCCAGCAAGGUAUUAUAUCAGUUGUGCUAAACUGGUGGAUCGUGGCCAGUUCUGUGACCAAAACAGGGUCAAUACUGAAUGUCCCAUGUGUCCUGAUAUUAUUAUUUAUUUAUUUUUAUUUGGGGACGUGUCUCAGGAUAAAAAAAUGCCAAAAUGUAUAAUAUUGUGUGAAUAUUGUGUUCUUUACAACAACAUGCAUGAACCAUUUGGGACUGAAAGGUUUGCAAGGUCUUUUUACUGCGCUGAUAAAUUUCAGAUAAAUGUUUGUUUUAUUGACCAUCUCAGUACUUGAGUAUGCCUGGAAUAGAUUGUAGUUCUAAAUUGAAAACUAUAGCUGGGGUAACUGAAACUUGAGCUAUGUAUGAGGACUUCCUACCAUGUUUGGGUUUUUCCUCAUAAUCUCCAAAAUGUGUGAGUGUGUUUAUGUGGACUCACAAAUUCCUCCCUGCUCCCAGUUUGGGCUGAAUGGACAUUUUCACCAGGGAAACUCUACCAACAGGUUGUAUCAGAAGAGGAAGAAAGCGCUUGACCCUAAAUUAUAUCAUCAAGGUGAGAGAAAUGCCAGGGCAUGUGCAGAGAGCACUGGUCCUGCCCAUCUUUGUCCGGCUCCUCCUUCUAACGUCGCUCCUCUUUCUCACACCGCCGCUUCAUUGCCAUGGCAGUAGGAUCCUGGUGUUCCCUGUGGAUGGCAGCCACUGGGUCAACAUGGAGGUGCUGGUAAAAGAACUCCAUGGGCGUGGCCACCAGAUGACGGUAAUCCGUCAGUCUGACAGCUGGUUCGUCAGGGAGCACGCACCACAUUACACCGCUGUAACGGUGCAGCUUGGGGAGACAGCGUUAGACCGCAACCUGUUUGAGCAGGCCGUACGCAACGUCCUGGAGGGUCGAAGGAUGGGUCGGGUGGUGGGGACCCUGGUCCAGAUCAGAGAGAUGUUCUCUAUUCUGAGAAUUGUUCACAGAGCCACUAGCACCGUGCUCUCAAUCAUGCUGGAGGACCGGGUCCUUAUGACACAGCUCAAGGACUCAAGCUUUGACCUCAUGCUCACAGACCCUGGCCUGCCUGCUGGUACCAUCUUAGCGCAUUACCUCAACCUGCCCACGGUCUACAACGUACGUUGGAUGAGCUUUGGAGAGGGCCAUUUCUCCAUCGCCCCGUCUCCCAUCUCUUAUGUGCCCGUACCAGGCUCUGGGCUCACGGACGACAUGGGUCUCCUCCAGAGGACGCAGAACCUCAUGCAUUACAUCAUCAACCUCCUCCAGGAGCGCAUGUUGGUCCUGCCGAUUUACAGGGAUGUCCUGGAUCAACAUUUUCCCCCGGGGACUGACCUGCUGAGCCUGCAGUGGUCAGCCGACAUCUGGCUGAUGAGGGCGGACUUUGUGUUUGAGUUCCCGCGGCCCACUAUGCCCAACGUGGUCUACAUCGGGGGGUUCCAGUGUCGACCGGCCAAGCCGCUGCCUGGGGAGCUGGAGGUCUUCAUGGAAAGCUCUGGGCAACAGGGGGUGGUGGUGAUGUCCCUGGGAACGCUGAUCUCUGCUCUGCCCAAGGAGGUCACCGAGGCAAUCGCUGCCGCCUUCACCCAACUGCCACAGAAGGUGGUGUGGAGAUUCGUUGGAGAAAGACCUUCCGCGCUGGGUAACAACACCCUUCUGCUGGACUGGCUCCCCCAGAACGACCUCCUGGGACACCCGAAGACCCGUGCCUUUGUGGCUCAUGGAGGCACCAAUGGUAUCUACGAGGCAAUCUACCAUGGUAUCCCUGUGCUGGGCCUGCCUCUGCUGUUUGACCAGCAGGACAACCUUAUACGUCUGCAAGCCAGGGGGGCUGCCCGGGUGCUGGAUGCAGCCACUCUCACAGAGUGGGAGUUCCUGGAGGCUCUGCAGGACAUUCUCAACGACCCCUCUUACAAGAGCAGCAUGGAAAGACUUUCAAGUUUACAUAGAGACACGUCUCUGCAUCCACUGGUUCGUGCAGCCUUCUGGGUGGAGUAUGUGAUCCGAAACAAAGGAGCAUCCCACCUCCGCACUGAAGCCUACAGCAUGCCCUGGUAUUCCUACUACUGCCUUGAUGUGGCGGCUGUACUGCUGGCCAUUCCAUUGUGUUCUGUAGGGGCUCUGCUCUCCUUCCUCAGACUGCUGCUCAAACACAAGUCCCAGAAGACAGUUAACCAACCUGAGAAGACAAAGGUAGAGAACCAGACGAAACCUGGUGCAAACAAAGCAGAAGACACACCUCAACUAGACAGGAAAAAACAGAAAAUGUCCUUUGUAGAUAAGAAAGAGAAAAACCAGAGAGGAGCAAAGCAAGGUAAACUGGGAUAACUAAUCCUAGAGCAGAAAGUUUUUUUAUUGAGAUUUAAAAAAUUAAGUAAAGCAAUGUUUUUGGUUUAGUACAUUGUGCCAAAAAUGUGUUGUCUGUCACAUGCAUGUGUUUGCUAAAAGCUUAUUUCACCAGUGAUUGCAUACCAUCUAUAAACUAGGCAGCCAUAUGAAACAUUAAGAAAAUGAAGUGGUCUCUUGUGAUGUCAGUAUUGUAAGACAAAUACUCAAAUUCAAUAUUAUGUAGAAAUUGAUACAUUUAUC